AUGACCGUUACAGUGGGAGUCCUUGCCCUGCAGGGCGCGUUUUUUGAACAUAUCCAAUUGUUGAAAAAGGCGGCCGAGCAAAAUUUCCUGCCGGACUGGGAAUUCAUCGAGGUCCGCACGCCACAAGAGUUGGAGCGAUGCGCCGGACUGGUCUUGCCUGGCGGAGAGAGCACGACCAUGUCUCUGGUGGCAGCCAGGUCCAAUCUUUUGGAGCCCCUGAGGGACUUCGUCAAAGUGCAUCGCAAGCCAGUUUGGGGCACCUGCGCAGGACUAAUCUUGCUGGCUGAGUCGGCCAACAAGACGAAGAAGGGAGGGCAAGAGCUCAUCGGUGGUCUUGAUGUGCGAGUCAAUCGCAACCAUUUCGGCCGACAGACGGAGAGUUUCCAGGCCCCAUUGGAUUUGCCAUUUCUGGGUGAAGGUGCGCCAGCCUUCCCGGCGGUCUUCAUUCGCGCCCCCAUUGUCGAACGUAUUUUGCCACAUCAAAAGGGAAUUCAAACCGGGGAGACCGAGCUGGAGGAGACUGUUGUUGCGCCUUCUCGGCAAGCCAAGGGAGCCGCCGCAGAGGCCGCCACGGCCGAUCACGUUGAAGUACUGGCUACCUUGUCCAGACCGGCCUCGCAGAUCGCCACCCAGGGACGGGACAUCAGCCCGGACAAGGAGCUUGGCGAUAUCGUUGCAGUGCAGCAGGGCAAUGUGUUUGGCACCAGCUUUCACCCAGAACUGACUGGAGACGCGAGAAUCCAUGCAUGGUGGCUGCGCCAGGUGCAGGCCGCUGUGAACAUUAGAAACAAGCUGGGACAAUAG